AUGGCAAAACUGAAAGCGCUGGUCACCAACGUUGAGCUCUGCAGCACCAUCACAUUUCCUACCCUCAAGAAGCUUUCCGCCAACGAAGAGAUGAAGAAAGUGUCAGUGAGCUACAAGAGGAUCCACUCGGAUGUGCGCUAUUCUGAGAGAGUCGUGCAGCACUGUAUGCAGGAGACCCUGGACUUUUUCUACUACAUCCUAAAAAAGAAGGAAGAUGCAGACUUCGUUUUAAAGGAUGUUGGCACUCUUGCUAUCCGGGGAACAGAAGUGACAAUGACAUUUUGUGAGGACCUUUUACUAAGCCUCAACAAGUCUACACACAUGGUAGAGAAGUUGCUCACUCUGCCUCAGGAGGCAGAAGAUAGCUUCAGAUCCCCAGAGACCACCUCCAAUACAGAAAAGGGUCUACAAACAGUGGAGGCUUGGAUUCAGCCGAGGAGGAAUUUUCGAACUGAUCUGGAAAGCUUAGGGGACAUUGAAAGAUGGCUGACUCAAAAACCUUUCCGCAGCCAACAAGAAGAAAGACACUUGGAAAAAAUAAAGGCACACAGAGCAGACAGGAGGGCUGCUGCCAAAUCACAUGUGACCGACAGCCUGGACCUCUUACCACCAAAGAGCAGCCAGCCCCAUAAGAAGAGCAUUGUUCCCAUCAUUUGUGCACCAUAUCCCCAGGCCCUUGUCACGCUGCAUAACCUCCUGCAUGAAAAGAGGCUAAAGAUGGUGGCUCUGUUCAAGGCAGCUCGUAUGGGCGGGAGGAAGAUCAGGAGAGAAGAGUUCAUUAAAGUCAUCAAGGAGACCAAGGUUCCCAUCAGCGACAAGGACCUGGAGGAUGUGGUCAUCUUCUUGACUUCCUCAAAACCAGGGAAUUUUAUAAGUGCGGAAGAUCUGAUUAACUGUCAAAAGCAGUGGAUGGAAAUGAAGAAAAGAGAAUCCCAAGAGAUCAAAAGAGGUGUAGAAGCUCAGUUCCGGAAAGGCACCUGUCAAACUGCCGCUUUUCCACCUUCUGCUGGGGACGCAGCCAAAGUGAUGAAGCCUCAUGCUCCUACCAAGCCCAAAAGAAAAAAGUUAAUACACUUGGAAGUUCCACCAGUCAACACUGAGCCGGAACAACGACGUCUGAGCUGUGAGGAAAUGGAAGAGAUUGGAAAACAAUUAAAAGAGAGGAGACGGCACGAGAAGAACAAAGACAGCCCAAUAGAAUGGAAAGAAAAGUGUCGGAUGGUGAGAUCUGGGGAUGGCCCCAUUGAUGACCACUGCCUGCCGUCAACUGUAGAGAGUGACUUUGGAGAACUGGUUGACCAAUAUCGCAGGAAGGCCAUCGUGACCUAUAUGCAGAGCUCCGAGCUGUGCAAAGAGCGCAACAUUGACAUCACCAAUCCAACGCUGCAGAAAGGCCUGCUGCAUCCAGGAGACAAGAUCAUCAGGGAGGGAGAAGACAUAAGGAAGAUCAGGCAGCCUGGAGGAUACUACAGCACAGGACGUGAUGGUCGAUCAUCUGGGAGCACCUCCAGAUCUGGAAGGCAGGGCGAGGCAGAUGAUAGGGAUCUUCAGAGGAGUAAGAUGCAAAUGACAAGUGACAAUAAGUUCUGGCCAGGUCAUCUCCUGGACAAGCUAUACCUUUACUUUCCUGAAAAGCAGCAUGACAGGGCACAUGCCUUGUUCAGCUGUGUUCGUCCAACCAGGCCUGUCUACCAUGUCAUCUAA